AUGAUGGAAUACGGAAGAACGCGCAAAGGGCCGCUGCCUGGAGGUCGCCAGGGCGCGUCUGGAGCUGGCGCUGGACGCGGCAGCAUGCGAACCGCCAGCCGAGCGCGAGGUGCUGCACGACCACCCAGCAGCCCCUCGCAUCCAUCAUCCCCACCAGCUGGCUUGGUGUCGGCAGGGUCUUCGCGGGCCCAGCAAUCGGCACCCGCCUCUGGUGGAGUACGCCGCAUGCGUUGGACAACCCAGAUGAACAGCAACGCAUUGCGGGCGUAUUUUGGGGCGAAAGGGGGAGAAACUGGAUGUUUGGCGUAUCGGGCUAGGAUGCAUCGUCUUUUUGCUGAGCUGGAGCCAUCUUUAACCGUCACAGAGCAAAACCUGGCAGACCGAGUUCGGUAUAUCUUGCGCUCAAAUAUAUUUGAUGUCGCCGAACUCGAACGGCUACGACGUGAGGCUGUUCCCUCGUCGGAUGAGAAUGCUACGGCUGAGGAUGCGGCGCCACAAAUGGUAGAGCAACCCGCAAACGUGGAUGCCGCCGUGAAUACCCCAGUUGUGGUUGAUUCAAACGAUGAUGGAACAGUCGCCCAGGAACUGGAAUUAGAGCAUAUGAGGAGUACAUUGGAAGAGGCGAUUGUGGAAACGCGCAGUACGCCUCUCGAAAAUCGACCGCGACUUCCCCGCAUAGCCCUAAGCAAGCGGAAUCGGGCUGUCGUGAGGGCUCUGAACCCAAUGCUGGUGACCUAUUUGGAAGCCAGCCGGGACCUUUGCGAGACGGACUCAAUUCUUUUUGGCGCCGCGCUGGCAGUCUGCCGUAUCAUAGGCGCCAAGGUUUCCACGGCUGGACGCGCUACUGGCCAUAGUAGCGCUAUCCCAGCAUGGAGAAGAAGAAUUGAGGAACGUAUCGCAAAGGCUAGAGCUCUCAUCGGCAGACUGAUAUGCUUCAGAUCAGGCAACAACAGGCCAAGAAUUGUGCGCACCGUCAGGAUGGCGUUUGCUGGGACAAAUGUCAGUUUGUCCCAGCCGGAUAUAACGCAAAAACUGACGGAGCGCAUAGAUGAUCUGAAGCAGAGAAUCGCUGCUUGGGGAAAACGGAUUCGGCGAUAUACCGAGAGGUCGACACGGUUCAACCAGAAUCGUCUCUUCCAGAGUGAUCAGAAGAGGCUCUAUGAAUCAUUGGAGCGACCAAUGGUAAGUGGAACGGGUCCAGCACCGAAUCAGGCCGACACUGUAGCAUUCUGGCGCGGCCUGUGGUCAGAGCCCGUAAACCACAGCGAGGGCCCUUGGACGGAAGUUGUGGCGAGUCAGUGUGCGGGUAUUACGCCCAUGGACCCCGUCAUCAUAACGCCGGAUGACGUAGCUGAGGCGGUCCGUAGGGCCCCGAACUGGAAAAGUCCGGGGCUUGACGGGCUGCAUCACUACUGGCUGAAGGGGUUCAUGGUGUGUCACUCUGUGCUUGCCCGACAGUUUCAAGAGGCUCUCAACCAGAAGUCGCUCCCAAGCCUCUUCACUACUGGGAUCACUCAUUUGGUUCCUAAAGACCAGGAGCUGGAGCCAUCUCUAUCCGUCACUGAGCAAAACCUGGCAGACCGAGUUCGGUACAUCCUGCGCUCCAACAUAUUUGGUGACGCCGAACUCGAACGACUACGACGUGAGGCUGUUCCCUCAUCGGAUGGAAAUGCUACGGCUGGGAAUGCGGCGCCACUAAUUGCGCAGCAAACUGCAAAUGUGGACGCUGCCGUCAAUAUUCCAUUUGUGGUUGAUUCAGACGAUGAUGGAAUAGUCCCCCACGAACUAGAGAAAAUGAGGAGCAUAUUGGAAGAGUCGAUGCUGGAAACGCGCAGCAUGCCUCUCGAAAAUCGACCGCGACUUCCCCGCAUACCCCUUAGCAAGCGAAAUCGGGCUGUCGUGCGGGCUCUUAACCCAAUGCUGGUGACCUAUUUGGAAGCCAGCCGGGACCUUUGCGAGACGGACUCAAUUCUUUUUGGCGCCGCACUGGCAGUAUGCCGUAUUAUUGGCGCCAAACUUCCCAUGGCUGGACGUGCUACUCAACAAGGUAGUGCCAUCCCAGCCUGGAGAAAAAGAAUCGAGGACCGUAUCGCAAAGGCAAGGGCUCUCAUCGGCAGACUGACAAGCUUCAGGUCGGGUAAUAAUAGACCGAGAGUUGUGCGCACCGUUAGAAUGGCGUUUGCUGGGACAAAUAUUAGUUUGUCCCAGCCGGAUAUCACGCAGAAACUAACGGAGCGCAUAGAUGACCUGAAGCAAAAAAUCGCUGCUUGGGGGAAGCGGAUUCGACGAUUUAGCGAGAGGUCAAGGCGGUUCAACCAAAAUCGUCUCUUCCAGAGUGAUCAGAAGAGGCUCUAUAAAUCAUUGGAGCGACCAGAGGUAUGUGGAGCGGGCCCAGGACCGGAUCAGGCUGACACUGUCGCAUUUUGGCGUGGCCUGUGGUCAGAGCCCGUAAACCACAGCGAGGGCCCUUGGAUGGAAGUUGUGGCGAGCCAGAGUGCAAGUGUUACGCCUAUGGACCCCGUCACCAUAACGCCUGAAGACGUGGCUGAGGCGAUUGAUACUUGUGAUAUAGAUUGA